CUGGAGUUCAUCACUCCCUUCCAGCUGUACUUCAACCCCGACCUCAUCUUCAGGAAGUUCCAGAUAUGGAGGCUGAUCACCAACUUCCUCUUUUUUGGGCCCCUGGGAUUCAGUUUCUUUUUCAACAUGAUAUUUCUGUACAGGUACUGCCGCAUGCUAGAAGAAGGCUCCUUCCGUGGAAGGACGGCUGACUUUGUCUUCAUGUUCCUCUUUGGAGGGUUUCUCAUGACACUAUUUGGACUCUUUGCCAGCCUGUUUUUCCUGGGCCAGGCUUUCACCAUCAUGCUGGUGUACGUGUGGAGUCGCAGGAACCCUUAUAUCCGCAUGAACUUCUUUGGGCUUCUCAACUUCCAAGCCCCCUUCCUGCCAUGGGUCCUGAUGGGGUUCUCUCUGCUCCUGGGCAACUCCAUCAUCAUUGACUUGCUGGGAAUUGCAGUGGGUCACAUCUAUUAUUUCUUGGAAGAUGUUUUCCCCAACCAGCCUGGAGGAAAGAAGUUGUUGUUAACCCCUGGCUUUCUGAAGAUGGUAUUUGACACACCUGAAGAGGAUCCCAACUAUAAUCCUCUCCCUGAGGAUCGUGCAGAACACCAGCCUAGAGACCAAGACCAGAACGAGCAGCAGCAUCCACAGUAACACAAGGGACUUCUUCGUGUGAUUCCUCUCUUCCAGCUGGACUUAUGCUGUGGCCCAGAGAUCUACUGGAAUAACACCAGUUGCCAUUCCGAUGUAAUGUGUCGCUGUUUGUAUGGGUAACACAUCCUCCCCUUAUACCAAGUGGUUCCACGUGAGAACUGAUGAAUGCUUUUGGAGGUGUUCUAGGGACCAGGAUGGAAGCUGUGAUGGCUUCUCAGUUACUUGGUGGGGACUAAGUAUCAAAUGGGGUUUUAAACCAGUUACUCCUUCUCUUGCUGUUAAUGACUUGCCAUGUGCCAGGUCACUCUUGCCCUCUGUACAAAGACUAAUUCACCUGGCCCUCACUGUUGUGAGACCUCUCUGUGGGCUUUCAAUGAAGUAGUAUUCUCAGCUGUACCAUGGUAGAAUGCAGCUCAGCCUCACCUCUUCCUUUCCUUUAAGUCCCCCACUCUUUUUUUUUUUGGUGAUUGUUUCCAAAGGAGUCUUUACAUUAAAGUCUUUAUUUUUCA